AUGACCGAGGUCUCUGUGCGCAGUCUCUGGCUGCUUGGCCUGGGCUUGGGCAGCGCGUUGGAGGAUGCACGUAUCAUGAGAUCAGCCAGCAAGCACCCAGAGGUUUCAAACCUGGCAGUCUCCAUGCAGGUCACGUCGGACGGUUCAGUGGUGUCAAGGCCUGCACAUCACCUGGCCACCAGCAACCAGGCCCUGCGCGAGACUGACCGGAGGUCCAGCCGCGCAGCUCCCGAGGCGUUGCAAGCCGCCCACCCUCAUCGGGACUAUGAUCCUCGAGCGGAAGAGAAGGCAUGGCACGAACUUGAGGACAAGGGAACGGUGGGCGACAUCGAGGAUCUCCCUUUGAUGUCAGGCUCGCAUGAGUCGUGGGAUGGUUCCUCUGGACCUCGGCUCAAGCCACACAGCUUCGAUUGGGACCUGCUGUCCCCUGAAAAGUGGACUUCCACGCUCUCUUCGCCUGAGCUUGAAGGCCAACGGCAGGAGGUUCAGGACGCAGCCGAGGAGCGCCGGGCUGCUGGACGUCUCAUCAGGAACGUGGAUGCCUCCUGGUUGGCCACACUCGUUCGGCUUGGCGAGGGCGUAGGUCCAAUCACUUACUCAAGGUCGCCAGGAGCGCAUCAGAGCCUGAAUCGCGAGCUUCGCCAACGGCUCGUUGCCCAGGACAUUGCUGUCAUUUGUCUCCUGUCAUUUGUUCUCGGGGUGGCUGUGUGGGUGAGCUGUUUGGGCGUCUACCAGUUCGCGGACGACCCAUCUCAGGUACUGUUCUACACAGAUCCGAAGUACACACAGCAUCGGAUCCUGUGUGCAUCAGCAGAUCAGGAGUCUUUCCUUGAGGCUUUCAAUACGCAACCGCACCGUGCUACGCUGAGACUCAUCGGGAGGAGGUGCCAGCCAAGGACUAGCCGACGGUUCUGUGACUUCUUCCAAGGCUCCAGCGCCUCGGCGCUGGCUCGCUUCUCCAGGCGCUUCAUGCCUGGUCGCAGGAGACCCGUCGCGGAUGCAGAUGUCAUUUUUGACGUGUCCUUGGAUUUGAGUUCGUUCAUCUCAGGUGAAGGCCACUUGGCCUCUCCUGAGGAGGGAAGGAAGCUGGAAGGUCACCUUGGAAGCAGCAAUCCACUGCAAGUCCUGGUACUCAGGAAGCGAGUUCUUUGGGCCAACUGGGAGGACAUGGCUACGAACAUCAAGCAAAAGCUACGCGGAAUGGGCUUCCACGGUGAUGUGGAAGUGCGCUUUGACUCGCAGGAAGAUAUGCGGAUCUACAGGAAUUCUCGAUGGCAGAACUUUGUCCGCGCUCCGGUCACGCACAUGCUUUCAGUACUGUCGGGGAUUGGCAUGCUGUUCUGGGUGCCGUACCUCUACUGCCGCUCUGAUGUGGUUGUUGUGGAGAGCAACUUCCAGAUUCAAGUGGACGUUCACCGGUACUGGGAGAUGCUUUCGGAAGGGCUGGACGUUUCGGAAGGAUUUCGUGCAGGGCUUUGA